AAUAUACAAAUAUCUGUUAAGUCCAUUUAUUUUAUGGUAUAGUUUAAGUCCAUCGUUUCUUUGUUGACUUUCUGUCUUGAUGACCUGUCUAGUGCUGUCAGUGGAGUAUUGAAGUCCCCCACUAUUAUUGUGUUGCUAUCUCAUUUCUUAGGUCUAGUAGUAAUUGUUUUAUAAAUUUGGGAGCUCCAGUGUUUGGUGCAUAUAUAUUUAGGAUUGUGAUAUUUUCCUGUUGGACUAGUCCUUUUGUCAUUAUAUAAUGUCCUUCUUCGUCUUUUUUGACUGCUGUUGCUUAAAAGUUUGUUUUGUCUGAUGUAAGAAUGGCUACUCCUGCUUGCUUUUGGUGUCCCUUUGCAUGGAAUAUCUUUUUCCAUCCCUUUACCUUAAGUUUAUGCGAGUCCUUAUGUGUUAGGUGAGCAUCUUGAAAAUGGCAGAUACUUGGUUGGUGAAUUCUUAUCCAUUCUGCCAUUCUAUAUCUUUCAAGUGGAGCAUUUAGGCCAUUUAUUAAUACAUUCAACGUUAGUAUUGAGAUGUGAGGUACUAUUCUAUUCAUUGUGUUAUUUGUUGCCUGAAUACCUUGUUGUUGUUGUUGUUGUUGUUUUAUUGUGUUUUUGUUUUAUAGGUCCUGUGAGAUUUAUGCUUUAAGGAGGUUCUAUUUUGAUGUAUUUCAAGGAUUUGUUUCAAGAUUUAGAGCUCCUUUUAUCAGUUCUUAUAGUGCUGGCUUGGUAGUGAUUAAUUCUCUCAGCAUUUGUUUAUUCAUUUAUAAAGAUUAGUUUUGCUGGAUACAAAAUUCUUGGCUGAUAAUUGUUUUGUUUAAGGAGGCUAAAAAUAGGACCCCAAUCCCUUCUAAUUUGUAGGGUUUCUGUGAAGAAAUUAGCCAUUAAUCUGACAGGUUUUCCUUUAUAGGCUACCUACUGGUUUUGCCUGACAGCUCUUAAGAUUAUUUUCUUUGUCUUGAUUUUAGAUAACCUGAUGACUCUGUGCCUAGGUGAUGAUUUUUUGCAAUGAAUUUCCCAGGUGUUCUUUGAGCUUCUUGUAUUUGGAUGUCUAGAUCUCUAGCAAGGCCAGGGAAGUUUUCCUCAAAUACUCCCUAAAAUAAGUUUUCCAAACUUUUAGAUCUCUCUCCUUUUUUGGGAACACCAAUUAUUCUCAGGUUUGGUCAUUUAACAUAAUCUCAAACUUCUUGGAGGCUUUGUUCAUUUUUUAAAUUCUUUUUUCUUUGUCUUUGUUGGAGUGGGUUGAUUCAAAAGCCUUGUCUUCCAGCUCUGAACUAUUUUCUUGUACUUGUUCAAUUUUAUUGCUGAGAAUUUCCAGUGUAUUUUGCAUUUUUCUAAGUGUGUUCUUCAUUUCCAGAAGUUGUGAUUUUUUUUAUUUAUGCCAUCUGCUUCUCUGGAAAUUUUUCCAUCCAUGUCCUGUAACAUUUUUAAGAUUUCUUUAAGUUGAUAUUCACCUUUCUCUGGUGCCUCCUUAAGUAGCUUAAUAAUCAACCUUUUGGGCCAGGCAUGGUGGCUCAUGCCUGUAAUCCCAGCACUUUGGGAGGCCAAGGCGGGCAGAUCACCUGAGGUCAGGAGUUUGAGACCAGCCUGGCCAACAUGGCAAAACCCCGUGUCUACUAAAAAUACAAUAAUUAGCCGGGUGUUGUGGCGUGUGCCUGUAGUCCCAGCUACUCAGGAGGCUGAGGCAGGAUAAUCACUUGAAGCCAGGAGGCAAAGGUUGAAGUGAGCCAAGAUUGCACCACUGCACUCCAGCCUGGGGGACACAGUGAGACACUGUCUCAAUAAAAUAAAUAAAAUAAAAUAAAAUAAAAUAAAAUAAUAAAUCGACCUUCUGAAUUCUUUUCCUGGCAAUUCAGAGAUUUCUUUUUGGUUUGGAUCCAUUGCUGGUGAGCUGGUAUGAUCUUCUGGGGGUGAUUUAAAAAAAAAAAAAAAAAACCAAAAAACCUUGUUUUGUCAUGUUACCAGAAUUGCUUUUCUGGUUCUUUCUUAUAUGGGUAGACUAUGUCAGAGGGUAGAUCUGUGGCUCAAGUGCUGCUGUUAGGAUUCUUUUGUCCCACAGGGUGCUCCCUUGAUGUGGUGCUGUUCCCCCUUCCCUUAGGGAUGGGGCUUCCUGAGAGCUUAUCGGCAGUGAUUGUUAUUUGUCUUCUGAGUCUCGCCACCUAGCGGAGCUUCCAAGUUCUGGGCUGGUACUAGGGAGUGUCGGCAAAGGGUGCUGUGAUAUGAUCUGUCUUCAGGUCUUUCAGCAGCGAUAGUAUAGGGAGGAUACAAGUUUGCCCUAGGGUUGUCUGGAUAAGUUUUGCGUUGGUUGGCCUCCAGCCAGGAGGUGGCGCUUACAAGAGAGCAUCAGCUGUAGAUAGUAUAGGGAAGGAGGAUACAGGCUUUCCCUAGUGACACCUGGAUAAGGAUUUGGGUUUCUCAGGUGGUGGGUGGGGCCAUAGAGCUCCCAACAGAGUAUGUUCUUUAUCUCUGGCUACCAGGGUGGGUUGAGAAGACCAUCAGGUGGGGGCAGGGUUAGCGGUGUCUGAGCUCAGACUCUCCUUGGGCGGGGCUUGCUGCAGGUGCUGUAGGGGAUGAGGGUGUGGUUCUCAGUCCAAUGGAGUUAUGUUCCCAGGGCGAUUAUGGCUGUAUGUGCUGUGUCAUGCAGUUCACCAGGGAAGUGGGGUAAAGCUAGUGGUUACAGGCCUUACCCAGUUCCCACACAGCCGGAAAGGCCCGUCUCACUCCCACCCUGCCCCCACAACAGCACCAAGUUUAUAGCCAGGCGUCCAGUGAGCAGGGCUGAGAACUUGUCCCGGGCUGCAAGCCCCUCCACUGAGAACGAAAGCAGGGCUUUCAGAUUUCAUGCCUCCGCGCCUGCCGCAGCUUCUGUGCUCAGUCUGCACUCUCAGUUCCUCCCUUUCUCCGGGUUCUGUCCCAAAAAUGUCACAUUGAGUUGAAAUUGUUACAAAGCUCAGCUGGAAGUUUCCUACUCCCUGUGGUCUUUCCCCAAUUUCACAGGCAGCCCUCCCUAAGGACGCCUGUGAGCAAAGUCAGAAAUGGCUUUCCUGGGGAUGGAGAGUGCCCACAGUGCUCUUCCUGCUGCUUAGAAGUAGAGACCCCUGUAUUUCACUGGCUCUCUAAAUUUGUCUCAGCUCCAGGUUGAUGUCACCUCACCAAGUGAAGAACCACAGCCAACCGAGGGACUUGCUGAGGCAAAGGGAAUAUUGGAGGUAGAGUGGAAGAAGGCCUGUUAUUACAGUGAAGAUAUGAGAAUGCCUCCUUUUGCCAAGUUCUUCUCGGAGCAGGCUGAGCUGAAAAGGGAGCAUGCAAAGCAGUUCCUAAGAUAUCUAAGGAAACGUGAGGGUAUUAUCUGCCUUCCAGUUAUUAAGAGGCCCAACAUAGAUAGCUGGGGAAAUGGCUUACAAGCUCUGAAGUUUGCUGUGCAGUUGGAGAACACAUUAACCAAUGUCCUACAAGACCUGAAAGUCACAGCUACUAAGGAUGGUGAAACUGGUCUCAUAGACUUCGUAAAGGAGUUCAUAGAUAAACAGACAGCAAGCAUAGCUUUUCUGGAAUACCAUCAGAAGCUAUUAGAAGAGUCCCUCCAGCAGAAAGGUCUGUCUGAAAAGUCGGCUGAGUCUGCUGAGACAUCAGUUGAAGAGACUUAACUUCUGAAGGCAGCAGCACAGCAAGUCUUGCCAUUGUAGUGAUCUCAGAGUCAGCUACUUAAGAGUCUUGAUCAGUUCCACUUGCCUGAAGACUGCUUUCUUUUUUAUCUAGUUUCCUAAUCCUCUUUGCUGUGCAUGCAAAUAAAUCUGCUUUGCAUUAUAACUAUGUGUAAAAAUAUUGGUAGAACUAACCCUUCCAGUGCUCCAAUAGCAAUGUGGAAUUGGUAUAAAAAGCUUCCUGAGACAGUGGGUGUGUUAGGCUAAAAAAAAUCU